CUACCGUAAAGCGAACCGUGUUACGUCGUGAAGUUUUCCAAUAUGGCGGCUGCAAUGACAGGUCGUGGUGUCGCUUUCAUUAGGAAUAUAGCUGGGUCGCUUCACUCGAGAUUACCGACUCUGGGUGGUGCAUCACAGCAGCUCUCAUGCCUCCACACAAGCAUUUCAUUAAAUUCCAAACACUGGGAGAAGAACAACCAUAAAGUAUAUCCUCCUCAGCUGCAGGACGAGCCCCGCAGACCUGCAGAGGUUUAUCACAGCAGGAGGCAGAUAAAGUACAGCAAGGAUAAGAUGUGGUACUUGGCCAAAAUGAUCCGGGGGAUGAGCAUCGACGAAGCUAUUGCACAGCUGGAAUUCAAUGACAAGAAAGGAGCAAAGAUCAUGAAAGAGGUUCUUCUUGAAGCUCAAGAGAUGGCGGUCAAGAACCACAAUGUAGAGUAUAAAUCCAACCUCUAUGUAGCUGAGUCAUUCUCGGGCAAAGGCAAAUACCUAAAGAGGAUCCGCUACCAUGGCAGAGGCAUGUUUGGCAUCAUGGACAAAGUUUAUUGCCACUACUUUGUGAAGCUGGUUGAGGGUGUGCCACCCAAACCAGAGCAGAGUACUAGCUUUGAUCAAGCCAAAGAGUAUGUCCAAAGCUUGAAGAACCGGACCAUCAUCCACAGCCUUUAGAACACUAUUGUUUUUGUGUCGUUUGAUAUUUGUAAAUA